GAGAGUGUGUGUGCGUGGGUGUGUAUGUGUGUGCACAGAAGCUAAAGGAGGGAUCAAGUCACAGCACACAGUCAUAUUCACUCAGUUGCUCUGAGUCUUACUGUCUCUCAUAUCUCUCUCUCCGGCUCACACGUAAAAGCUCUUGCACACAGGCUGAGACACACACACACACUUGACUAAGCUGAGUUUGAGGGCAAAUAAGUCAAUAUUUGACCAGGCCAGACUGUACAGGAAGGAAGAAACAAAAGAGAGAAAGGAGGAAUUGGAAGUCUCGUCUUUUUGGAACUUUGAACUUGGACACGAGGACUUGAAGAAUUUCUUUCUUUCAAUAGGUGGAUACAAGCUUUGUCCAAACUCUUGGGUCACGCAAGGCAUAAGGGAUUUAGUUUUUUUCUUAUUUAUCGUUGGACUUUUGGACUUGGACUGGGCGAGAGCGCAGCAAGAGGAAGGAGAUGGGGAGAUGGACAUUACAUCUCUCAGUGGGGCUUGGGCUUCUAGCCAUCCUGUUGACCUGCUGCUAUGCUGAAGUGAACUACUGCUUCGCUUCCAGGGCCAAGACCUGCUCAGAAUGCCUGCAGUCUGGGAAAGGCUGCGCCUACUGCCCUGAUGAGACCUUUAAUGGCCCUCGCUGUGACCUGUACGAGAAUAUACUUGCCCAUGGCUGCACCGCUGCAGCUGUCAUCACAGCUCAGAGCAGUAUGAAGAUAGAGAAACAACAAAUCAACAUGCAGCUUCAGCAGUCUCAAGUGUCUCCGAAGCAGAUGAGCAUGACCUUUCUGCCAGGAGAGGAGAAGCUGGUGGAUAUGGAGGUUUUUGCUCCAACCAAAGGCCCUCUGGACCUUUAUAUUCUUAUGGACUUCUCCAACUCCAUGGCUGACGAUUUGGACAACUUGAAGAGGAUGGGCCAAGAGCUGGCUACAUUGGUGGAGAGGCUGUCAGAUGACUACACCAUUGGGUUUGGAAAGUUUGUGGACAAAGUGAUCGAGCCCCAGACUGACAUGAGACCCUCCAAACUCGCUCAACCGUGGCCCAACAGUGACUCUCCAUUCUCUUUCGAAAAUGUCAUCAAGCUGACCAAAAACUUAGACUUCUUCACCAGUGAGCUCCAGAAGGAGAGGAUAUCUGGGAACCUGGAUGCUCCUGAAGGAGGUUUUGAUGCCAUAUUGCAGGCUGCAGUUUGUGGGGAUAAGAUUGGCUGGCGUGAUCACAGCACACAUCUCUUGGUUUUCUCCACUGAGUCAGCCUUCCACUACGAGGCUGAUGGCGCUAAUGUGCUGUCAGGCAUCCUGAAACGCAACGACGAGCGCUGCCACCUGGAUGCAGAAGGCAAAUACACAGAGGAUGUACACCAGGAUUACCCUUCAAUACCCACACUGGUCCGUCUACUGGGCAAACACAACAUCAUUCCCAUCUUUGCUGUCACCAACCACUCCUACACGCACUACAAGAAACUCCAAGCGUAUUUCCCCAUUGCUGAGGUUGGUCUGCUGCAAGAGGACUCGUCCAAUAUCCUGCAAGUCAUGGAGACUGCCUUUGAGAACAUCCGUUCUAAGAUGAGCAUCCGUGCAGAGGACAGGCCGAAGGCCUUUGAGGCAAAGUUCUUGUCCACCAGUGGAAAAGUUGCACAAUACGGGGAUUUCGAUUUUAGACCUGGAGCAGUAGGAAAGUUCAAGAUGUGGCUCAAAGCCCAGCGAAUGAUCGAUGAGAAGCCUGUGUGUCAGAUGGAUCCAAAUGAAAAAGAUGGGACAAUGAGAGUCAAACCUACAACCUUUAACGCUGCUGUAAACGUUAAGGCUUCAGUUUUGUGUCCAACCUGUGACUGUGAGAAGACGGCCAUCCCUAAAGCACCCAGAUGCCAUGGCAACGGAGACCUGGUGUGCGGGAAGUGUCAGUGCUAUGAUGGCUGGCUGAGUACAUUCUGUAACUGCUCAGCAACUUCUUCAGCCCUGGUCACCGCACAGUGUAUAGGUCCGGGUAUGACGGAGCCUUGUUCAGGCCGUGGAGACUGCCUGGAGUGUGGAACCUGUGUGUGCUACAACCCAGAUCAGUUCGAAGGACCUUACUGUCAGUACGACAAGACCCAGUGUCAGAGAUACUCAGGCUUCCUCUGCAACGACCGUGGCUCUUGCGUUAUGGGUCAGUGUGCGUGUACUGAGGGCUGGGAGGGCAACGCCUGCGAGUGUCCCAAGAGCAACCAGACCUGUCUGGACAGCAAGGGCGGUGUCUGCAAUGGGCGAGGUACAUGUGUAUGUGGCCGCUGUCAGUGUCCAAACUCUGGUAUCGAGAUGACUUCAACCUGCGAGCCAAAUUUCCAGGCCCAGUUGGGUGUGUGUGAAGCUACGAGGAGUUGUGUCCAGUGUCAGGCCUGGAAGACAGGAGAGAGGAAAGAGAAGGAGGAGUGUGAUAAGUGCCCCUUCAAAAUUAUCAUGGUGGAUGAACUCAAAGAAUCUGAGAAGGUGCUUGAUUCGUGUAGUUUCCGUGACGAGGAUGACGACUGUACGUAUCACUACACUGUUGAAAACCCUAAAGAUCCGACGGUUAAAGACUUGGAGGUUCAGGUGCUCAAAAAGAAAGAUUGUCCCCCUGCUAGCCUCCUAUGGCUGCUCCCACUCCUCUUGUUCCUCUUAUUACUGCUGGCACUUCUGCUGCUCUGCUGCUGGAAAUACUGUGCCUGCUGCAAAAGCUGCUUCCAGAGCUGUCUUGCCCUGCUGCCUUGCUGCAGGAAAGGUCGCAUGGUUGGUUUCAAAGAAGAUGAGUAUUUGCUCCGCCAGUCCCUGCUCACCUCAGACCAUCUGGACACACCGAUGGUUAGGACUGGCCCACCCAAAGGAACCGAUGUGGUUCGCUGGAAGGUCACCGAUAAUGUACACCGAGGACCCAAUCACCCACAGGCUCUGAUAAAGCCCAACCCUAAAGAGACAAUCCAGUUCCCAAUCUCCCUCCGGCUAAACAGGAUGUUCUCGGAGAACCUGUCUCGCCCUGAAUCCAGAGAUGCCGAACAGCUCCGCAAGGAAGUGGCUGAUAAUCUAAAUGAGGUGUACAAGCAGAUUCCCGGGGCCCAAAAGGUUCAAAAGACAUCAUUCAGAAUGCAGAGAAAUGCUGGAAAAAGGCAGGACUAUACCAUCAUGGACACUGUCUUGUCUGCUCCUCGUGGCAGCUACCCCGAUAUUGUCAAACUCACUGAGAAAAAUGUCCAGUCUGGAAACUUGCAUGACCUCAAAGUGGUGCCCGGCUACUACACUGUGGCCACAGACAGAGAGGCUGCGGGAGCCAUUGAGUUCCAAGAAGGUGUGGAGUCAGUAGAUGUUCAUGUGCCGCUCUUCGUCAAGGAUGAAGACGAUGACAAGAAACAGCUGCAGGUGGAGGCCAUGGAUGUGCCACUCGGCAUUGCUGAGAUUGGAAAACGCUUGGUCAACAUCACCAUAAUCAAAGAGCAUGCCACCAGUGUCUUCUCAUUCCUUCAGCCAGCCUACACCUACAGCAGGCAGGAUGGGGUGGCCAACAUCCCAAUCAGCAGAGAGAUCAUAGAAGAUGGACGCACACAGGUCACCUACCGCACACGGGAUCUCACAGCCAAGGAUAAGAAGGACUAUGUGACAGUGGAAGGAGACCUGACCUAUGGUCCUGGUGAGACCCAGAAAACAGUGCCUGUUCGCCUGCUGGAGCUGGGCGAGAAAGAUGGCCUCUUGGAAGACAAACAGGUCAAGCAGUUUGUCAUGGAUCUCAGUAACCCACGGCAGGGCGCCAAGCUUGGACGCUACCCGAGAACUACUGUUACAAUCGCAGACCAACCAGAGCCCAGUGUGAUGAUGUUUAAAAAGGGCACCCAAAACUUCACCACAUCUGACCCAACCUACACCAUCCCUGUGGUCCGCACUCGCAACCAGGAUAGCCCCGCCACAGUGAAGUGGCGCACCAAGAAGGCCCAGCGCUUUGAGCUAUCUGGCCCACUAAAGUUUGGCCCCGGAGAGACGGAGAAGAACAUUGUGAUCGACCCGAGGUCCCACCCUGGCCCAAUCCAGCCAGAGACCUUCCAGCUGGAGCUGUUUGAUCCAAGUAGCAACGCUUCUAUUGGGGAGAGGAAGACCACCCUUGUCAAUGUCACUGAUGGAGUUUCCAAAUCUCCAGAGGUAGCCCAGAUGCAGCAGAAGGGCUACAUGAACCAGAAAGCCAGCUCCCCUAGUGGUUACCUUCCCUCCCCAGGAAACCCUAAGGCCAAAGCAACUGGACCCAGAAACAUCCGCCUCAACUGGGACCCACCACCUGGUAACCCCUUGGGGUACAAGGUCAAGUAUUGGAUCUACGGUGACCCAGAGAAAGAUGCCCAGGUCAUAGAUGUGAAGACUCCUCAAGCUGAGCUGACCAACCUCUACCCUUAUUGCGACUAUGAGAUGCGAGUGUGCGGCUACAACGCAAUGGGGGAUGGCUACGAUACAGAUGUUGUUACCUGUCAAACACUGGAGGAUGUGCCUGGGGAACCUGGACGUCUGGCCUUUAAUGUCAUCAGUCCAACUGUCACUCAGCUUAGCUGGGCAGAGCCUGCAGAGACCAAUGGCAACAUUACGGCGUAUGAGGUCAUCUACACACCCAUUGAUGAUGAACUGAAGCCAGUGGGUGCCGCUAAGAAAGUAAAGAUUGACAACCCCAAGAAGCGAAUGCUGUUGAUCGAGAACCUCCAGAAUGCCCAGACCUACCAGUACAAGGUCCGUGCCAAGAACAGCGUGGGCUGGGGCCCUUUCAGAGAUGCCACCAUCAACCUGGCAUCACAGCCUGCCAGACCUCUGUCCAUUCCCAUCAUUCCAGAUAUCCCUAUUGUGGAUGCAGAGGCAGGAGACGAGUAUGACAGCUACCUGAUGUACAGCAAUGAGGUGCUGAAAUCCCCCGCAGGCUCCAAGACACCCAGCGUCUCUGGUGAUGAUUACACGAUGAAUGGGAAGUGGGACCAGAACUUCCUUUUCCCAGGGGGAUCAGGGACACGCAACUUGUCAGCUUCGUCCUCUCCUAUGUCCACUUUGAGCUCAAACUACAGAGGGACAGACGGCUCCUUUACCACAGAAACAACCACAACAACCUACAUGUCUGGACCAGGAAGCUCUCGUAGACAGGACAUGAUCGGAGGUGGAGUACACACAUCAGAGGUCAUCAUGAGGAAACGCUCUGAGAGAGGUUAUACAGAUGAAAACAUCCGGGACUCUAUCGUCAUGGGCGAUGUGUCAAGCAAGUUCACAGAUCUAGGUGGGUACGGCUACACUGGGAUGCAGAGCAGCUCUCACAACCAGUUCAGCUACAGCCUGUCUCAGGGUUCCAGGGCCAGGACCCAGUCUUCAGAUGUCAAUGAAGCCCUAUAUAAUCUGGACAGGGUGCUCCAGGAUGCACGGCUUUCUCCUGGUAUUCCAGACACCCCCAGCAGACUGGUGUUUUCUGCUCUGGGUCCCACUGCCCUCAAAGUCAGCUGGCAGGAGCCCCACUGUGAGAAAGACAUCCUGGGCUACUGUGUUCUCUACCAGCUGCUCAAUGGAGGUGAGGUGAAGCGUGUUAACGUGACAAACCCAGCAGAGAACUCUGUGGUCAUCCAGGACCUGCUGCCCAACCAUUCCUACCUAUUUAAGGUGAAGGCUCAGAGCCAGGAGGGCUGGGGGCCAGAGAGAGAGGGAGUCAUCACCAUCGAGUCCGCCGUGGACCCCAAGAGUCCUCUCAGCCCCAUGCCAGGCUCGCCAUUUACUCUGAGCACUCCCAGUGCCCCGGGCCCGCUGGUCUUCACCGCACUGAGUCCUGAUUCCCUGCAGCUCAGCUGGGAGAAACCUCGUAAGCCCAACGGAGACAUCCUGGGCUAUGUCGUCACCUGCGAACAGCUGCAUGGUGGAGGAGACGUGCGUUCCUUCCAGGUGAACGGCGACAGCUCUGAGACCAGUCUUACCGUCCCGAACCUGACUGAGAACGUUCCCUACAAGUUUAAAGUCCAGGCUCGAACCACACAGGGCUUCGGUCCUGAGAGGGAGGGCAUCAUCACCAUAGAGUCUCAGGAUGGAGGUGCUUUGUCUCAGUACAACAGCCAAUCAAUGACAAGGAGGGAAGUUUUCCACAUGCCAACAGAGGUCAGCACACGAACCAACGUCUCCCACACAAUGCUCAACGACCCCUACUUCUCAGAUGGGAUGAUGAUGACCUCGCAGCUCACGGAGACCAGCGGCAUGGUGACCCAUCAGAUCACCAAGGAAGUGGUUCAGAGGAGCGUCAUGGGAGGAGCCACAGUUACAAAGAAGAUGUUUUAUGAAUCUUAAGAGCUUAUUUAAACAGCAGCACCCAAAGGUCCAACAUGAUGAGGAAUCAUAUCUGAGAUUCUCUUUUAAAAAGAGUCGGCUUCAGAGCGCUCGCACGCGCUCAGUCUAUGUUUUUGUAUGUGUGGGUGUGAGAGUCUGCGACCAAAAAAUAGGAUGGAGGAGGCCUCUCUGUCGUGUCUGUUACAAACUGUCCUACUUUCCUCCAGAGAUGAGGUUCGUUUUAACAUUUGCAUUCAUUUUCACAGUUGCUUCUGAUGUAUUUCCUUCCAGUUUCUUCCCACUAUGCAAAUCGUUUAGUGUUAGACUCCACUCCCUCUGUCGGUCAAGAUCCCGUAAGACACACCUGGGCUUUAAAUCAGGCCAGCACAGGCCAGUAAUCUGACUGCAGUUCAGUAAUCCAAAGUGACCUUCUCCUCUUGUCUCCCGUCCUCCACCUGUCUGUAAGAGAUGGUGUGUCUGUGUGUGUGAGGUGUGUGGACAAUUUCAGAUUAAACCCAUCAAAUUUCACCUCUGUCUGUCUUUUUGAGGAGCAACAGAGAUUGGCUUGAAAUUGCUGUUCAUUUUCACCCAAGUGGUCGAGUAUUCAUAGAUUUGUAUUAUAUCAAAGUGUGAUAAAGUUCUAUUCCAAGCAUAUUUAAUACUUUUUAAGAUUUUUACUUAAGCAGACUGACAUUAAAUUUAAUGCCAAAUAUAGAGUAUUUCCACAAACAUAGGUUGGUGCUUGUGUUCAUUUAUAUGCGCAUUUCCUACUGAUACGCAAGGGGGCAUGAUUUUACAAUAAAGAAAAAAGUACUCUGUUUCGAGCUGAUACUUUUCAUAUGUUUCCUUACUCUGCAAGGCCACUGUGCUUUGCAUUUUGAGUAGAUUAACGUGCAAACAAUGAGAUCUUAAUAUUUUAUAGAAAUGGUGUGUAAAGACAGAAAGAUUGUAUUUGCUUCAAAGCAAGUCCUACUGUAUUUUGGCUCACUUUGUUGAUUUUGUAAAACAUAUUUUGAGAGGAUAUUUUUGUCAGAAUAACAUGAUGUGGAUAAGUGGAUGAAUUUUUCACCAAAAACACAUCCAGUCAAGAAUUCAUGUACGUUUGAUCGUAUUGUUUGAUGUACCACUUCCUUCUUUGUAUCAUUUUUUUGGUAUGUUAGUUUUAUUGCACUUAAUAAAGAUUUGAAAUAAACUUGUAUGACAUUUUAAUUCUUCUCUAGAUCUGUAUGUGACCACUUAAGACAAGACGGAGCAUUUAGUUUUUUAUUAUUAUUAUGAGAAUUUAUUGAUGUUUGGGGGAGAAAAAGCAUUGAUAUCUCAAUAUUGUACACAGAAACAAAACAGCUGCAAAAAAAAGCCCAUGCCUGAAAAUGUUUGCAGGAGGCUUGAGACAAAGAAGCAAGCAGAGUGAGAAUUAACUCUUCACAUGCGUCAACCCAGUCUGUAAUUACCUUCCUGUGUGUGUCAGCAAGCUCUCACCAGCUGCACCGUUUCACUGCACUGAGGCUCGAAGCAGCUAGCUGCACAUCCUUUCACAGUGCCUUCAUGUUUUUCUAACAUUUGG